AAUUUUAAAAUUUAUUGCAAUUAAUUUCUUUAGAAGAACAAAAAUAAUGGCUGUAGCUGAUAAGAAACCUCCGCCAAAAGAAUACGACUAUGAUGAUAUUGUAAUAUCACUGGAAAAUUGCAUACUUCCUUCAGAAAAGAUUGAUGUUACUCCUUCAAUGAAAGAUGGUCUUGACCGUGAUACAGAAACCGAGUUGCGAAUGUUAGGAUGUGAAAUGAUACAAAUAGCUGGUUUAUUGCUUAAAUUGCCACAGGUUGCUAUGGCAACAGGGCAAGUUAUUUUGCAACGAUUCUAUUAUUCCAAAUCUCUUAUAAAACAUGAAAUAGAUGUCACCACAAUGGCUGCUGUAUACUUAGCAGCAAAGAUAGAAGAAGCUCCUAGGAGAAUUAGAGAUAUAAUAAAUGUUUGCUAUCAUAUUAGGCAAAGAAAAUUAAAAAAACCCAUUAUACCAAUGGAUUUCUUAAGUACUCAGUAUUUUAACAUGAAGAAUGCUGUUAUAAAAGCUGAGCGUAGAAUAUUAAUAGAGCUUGGGUUUUGUGUCCAUAUAAAACAUCCUCAUAAGAUCAUUAUAACAUAUUUACAAAUUCUUGAUGCAGAAAAAAAUGUGGCAUUAGCUAGGAGAGCCUGGAAUUAUAUGAAUGACAGUCUCAGAACUGAUGUUUUUGUAAGAUAUGUUCCUGAAAAAGUUGCUUGCUCUUGCAUAUUUCUUGCUGCUCGCAUUGAAAAAAUAAAUCUGCCUCUUCGUCCUCCAUGGUGGGAGCUUUUUGAUAUCACAAAUGAAGAAAUCGAAGAAAUCGCUCUCAUAAUUUUACGUUUAUAUUCUACUCCAAGAAGAAAACUAUCGACUCUUCAAUCAAUUGUAGGUAAAAUUAAAAAACUUCAUCAAGAAAAAAAGGAGUCGGAGGAAGCUGUUGCGGCGGCCAAACCUGGAUCUUUUACACCAGCAUACACCCAAUCUUCUAAUACCGUCAAUACUAAUAAUACUAAACCUGCAAGUAAAAGUAAUUCCCCUGAAAAAGAUAGUGAAAAAAAAUUAAAUUCAGUUAUAACCUCCAGAGUUGAACGUUCAUUUGACUCUCAUGAAAGACAUCGUGAUUCAAAUAAUCAUCAAGAUCGACGUCGAAAGAAAUCUGACGAAAGUAACGAUUCCACUGAAUCCGAAUCCGACUCAGAAUCAGAGUUGCCUUCAAGAAAAUACGCUCGUCAACGAAAACAAUAUGAAAGUAAAAAAAGAAGCUCUGCCAGUUCAGAUACUGACUCAGAUCAUUGUAAUAAUUCCUUAAAAAAUCGAAGAAGUUUAAGUCCUGUCGAUCGUAAGCGAGAAAAAUUAAAUGAAUAUCGGAAAGAAAGAAACGGACAUCAUAGAAACGAUAAUUACAUAAAACCUAAAAAACGUAGUCGUAGUCGAUCUCCUGUUAAAAGGAUGUCUAGCCCGCAGCGUAAAUAUCACAAGGACACUCGAAACACUGAAGUUUACAGAGAUAAAUACCUUAAAUCUCGGAGGUGAUAUGUUAAGUUACUUACAUCUAAAAAAUUGUAUAUCACUAUUACUAUACUGAACAGGAGAAAAGAAAGCGAUAAUUUAAAUCUUGCAACUUUACACAAAUGGCUAAAACCAUCAUAUGUGUUUGUGUUUUAAUUUUUGCUAUUUUUUCGUAUUUGUUUAUACGUAUUUAUUAAAUUUUUAUUUUAAUAUCAAACAUCUCAUAAGCAACUGCUCUUUGAAAAAUAUGUAUAGCUUUAUAUUUUCUCAUACGCAAAUCUCUGUAUACUUGUUGUUAUACUUGUACAUAUUUUAGGUAAAAGGGAAAUGACGAACUAAAAUUA